UAACAUUCUGGAUGCUAGGAAGUACACGUAUUUGAUUCUUAAUCACGUGGUAUUCUCUAUAAUAUCAUUAUUUAUUUGUACGUGGCAUUUGUGACGUGAUUAUCAGAUUUAUAUUUUGCAUAUUAUUAUUAGAAUCUGUUUUAAUUCUAUAAAACAUAUAACGAGCUUCCUCGAGGAAAAAAAAAAAUAAAAUUUUUGUUACUACUCGUGCGAUUUUGCGGGAUCUUUGGAAUAACUAAAGAGGAUAAGCAGAUAAGUGGAUAAAUACGAUUAUUGAGAGAUUCGUUGCAUCACCAUUAAACAGUGGAAUACAGUGAAAAUAUGACUGCUGUGCAGCCUGUUUCAUCGAACAAUAUUCUCAAUGGCUAUACUAAGAAUGAAAAGGUACUUAAUGGAUCUUGUACUCGAUAUGCGGUAGCUAGUAAAACAGGCCUCGAUGGCCCGGAUCAAGUGUUAACGUCAGAUGUAAAUAUAACAACAGAAGCUAAUGGUCGAAUUAGAAUACAAAUGGGUGAAGGUAUUAAUGCAACAUUACCUACUUCUAUACCUGGUCUUUUAUCAGGAAUUGCUAAAAAGUUUCCGGAUCAAAUAGCUUUGGUAUCACGACCAGGAUUAGAUGGUACAAAUACAACAUACACUUAUAAGCAAUAUGAGACUGAAGUAAAAACUGUAGCCAAAGCAUUUUUAAAACUAGGUUUGGAAAGAUAUCAUAGCGUCUGUAUUCUAGGGUUUAAUAGUCCACAAUGGUUCAUAACUGAUAUCGCUGCUAUAUAUGCUGGAGGAUUGGCUGCUGGAAUUUACACGACAAAUUCUGCAGAAGCGUGUCAAUAUAAUGCACAACACAGUAAAGCAAAUAUAAUAGUAGUUGAAGAUUCUAAGCAAUUAGAAAAAAUAUUAACAAUUAAAAAAAAUUUAGUCCAUUUAAAGGCUAUUAUUCAAUAUGAAGGAAUACCUAAGGAGAAAGAUGUAUUAAGUUGGGAUGAAUUAUUAGAAAUUGGUAAAAAAGAAUCUGAUGAUAAAUUAGAAGCAGUUUUAAAAACCAUUGGUGCUAACGAAUGUUGUACAUUAGUAUAUACUUCUGGCACAGUUGGUAAUCCAAAAGCUGUUAUGUUAAGUCAUGAUAAUCUUGUACAUGACUCAAGAGCCAUUAGGAAAUAUGUUGAUUUUUUAGAUAUAAGUGAAGUUUGGGUCAGUUACUUACCACUGUCUCAUGUUGCAGCACAGAUAGUUGACAUAUUUCUAACUAUGUCUGUAGCAGCUACAGUAUAUUUCGCAGAUAAGAAUGCUCUUAAAGGAAGUUUGAUAAACACCUUAGUAGCAGCAAAGCCUACUGCUUUCUUAGGUGUACCAAGAGUAUGGGAAAAAAUUUAUGAGAAAAUGCAAUUAGUAGCACGUAAUAAUGGACGUGUAAAAACUUGGAUAGCAAAUUGGGCAAAAUCUCAAGGUCUCAUUUAUAACAUGAACAGAAUGAAUGGUACAGAUUACAGACAUUGGGGUUACAUUAUAGCUAAAUGGCUUGUCUUCGAUAAAGUAAAAACAACUUUAGGUUUAAACAGAUGUAAAAUAUUUGUCACUGCAGCAGCACCUUUAAGCGUAGAAAUUAAAAAAUACUUUUUGAGUCUAGAUAUUCCUAUAAUGGAAGCAUUUGGUAUGUCCGAAUGUAGCGGAGCACAUAGUAUAACUUUAAGGAAUAAUUACAGAUUAAGCAGCGUUGGUUCUGUUCUGCCUGGUUUUCGUACGAGAUUAGACAAUCCUAAUGAAACUGGUGAAGGUGAAAUUUGUAUGUAUGGUCGACAUAUUUUUAUGGGAUAUUUGAAUGAACCAGAAAAAACAAAAGAAGCCAAAACUGAAGAGGGAUGGUUGCACAGUGGUGAUCUUGGUAGAAUAGAUUCUAAUGGCUUGUUAUACAUUACGGGCAGAAUAAAAGAACUGAUCAUUACGGCAGGUGGAGAAAAUAUAUCACCUCUCCACAUAGAAGAAUUAAUCUUGUCCGAAUUACCUGUUCUUAGUAAUGCUUUGCUAAUUGGGGAUAAAAGAAAAUACUUGACAGUUUUAAUUACAUUAAAGGCUGAAAUAAAAGAAGAUACUGGUGAUCCAUUAGAUACGUUAACUCCAAGUACACUAACAUGGUUAAAAUCUAUAGGAAGUAAUUCAAAAACGAUUAGCGAUAUCGUGAAUUCAAAAGAUCCACUUGUGCAUAAGGAAAUAGAAGAAGCUAUUAAAAGAGCUAAUACAAAAGCAAUCAGUAAUGCACAGAAAGUACAAAAAUUUCGGAUUUUACCGCAUGAUUUUUCAAUUUCAACGGGAGAAUUAGGACCAACAUUAAAAUUGAAAAGAAAUGUUGUUUGUAAUAAGUAUGCCAAUCUGAUUGAAGAUAUGUAUCAAUGAAAAAUAAUUGAAGGUACAUUUACAGUCUAAUUACGUAUAAUACAUACUUCAGCGUAUUAGAUAUUUUUAUUGGGAUUAAAAGAUUAGACUACAUCGGUUGGAUGGUUCAAUAUGUUGAAUAUCUGCAAUAUUAUGGAAUUGAUAUAUAUAUAUAUAUAUAUAUAUAUAUAUAUAUAUAUAUGUGUAUAUAUUAAAGUACUUAUAGAGUUAUCUUUCAUAUACAAUGAACAAAAAUACGUUUUACUUUCGCAGCAAUCUAAAAGUUUAAAAUUUCUUUUCUUUUUAUAUAUAUAUAAAACACAAAGCAAUUAUCGAAAGAUCUGAUAUUUUUUUUAUUCUGAAAAAUGAUAUUUUUGAGUAGAUUUUUAAUUAUCCAUGAAAUUGUUAUAUUUAUUGCUAGUAAUUAUUGAAAAAUCUUAUAAUUCUAGUAGUUUAUUGGGAACAAUUAUAUUCACGGGGAAACAAAAAGAAAAGAAAAAAGAAAAAAUACCUAUUACAUAUACACGAAACUAUUUUUUAACGUAAAUUAAUAUCAGAUUUUUUUAUUAUCAAAUUAUUUCAUUUAUGAUUAUGUGAAAUAAGGAUAAAAUAAUGGUCCUAUUAAAAGUGCCUUUUCUCGCCAUUAAUGAAUUCACACAAUAUUUGCAUACGUUUGUAAGAUUUUUUGUCUAAACUAGUGAAACUGUAUUGGUAGUAUAAAAAGUGUUAUUUUAUAACGUAUAUAUUAUAGAUAAAAUAUGAAAAUUAA